AUUAUUUUUAUUGCAUCACGUUACUUUGCAAAGUUUGAGUUCUUCCCAUUCCGUUUAACCUAGCAAAAUAUGCAGCAGCCUCUGUAAUUCAAGCACUCAGGAAAUUAUAUAGUAAAGAGUGUUGAUGAUUUGGCAAUAUGAAUAAGUUAUUGGACUUUGGGAAGAAAGCCCUGUUUUAUGCCAGGGUACUUUCUGGAUAUGAAGAGCGGAGAAUUCGGAAAUUUAGGAUGCAGCUUGAACAACGGGUUCAACAGGCACAAGCAAAGAAAGCAGCCAUAAACAAAGUACCUGAGCAGAUCAUAUUAUCUGAAGUUCGUCGUAUGGUUGAAGAAAUGCAAGCUUUGAACAAGAAGCUGGAAGAAACGGAGGUAGCCAUUGAGGAAUACUUCAAGCCUCUUGACCAGGAGGCUGAGUUUUUAAUGAAAAUGCAACUACAAGGGGAAGAGAAAACGUCGGAUAUGAUGAUGAAAGCACUAGAGGAACAAGCUAUGCGUCGACAAGCUGAGGCAGAAAAAAGUACAAGUGUGCCUCAAAUAGAAAAUGUUGAAACCAACCUGAAGGAAUCUGAGACUCUGGUGCAAACAUGUAUAGAAGAGGGAGAAAAAAAUUUGAAGGACAAUACACAUUAAGUAGAGAAAGAA